UAGAUAGAUAGAUAGGUGGAUGGAUGGAUCUGAGCAGGAGCUGCGCAGACUCCGCAUUAUGUGACGGUUACCCACUGAGGCCGCUGCGCGCGUGUCUGCUGUGUGAAUGUGGGAGGGGUUUUCUGCAAUCACUUGCUUCCUCUAAUUAGCAGCGAGUGCCGGUGAAGAAACUCAGUGGAGUGCCGCACGAAGGCGCAAAGGAAUCUGGGAGCAGCGGACCUGAGCGUUUGUGCGCGCGCGGGCUCUGCGUGGAGAGAGCUGUCCGGAUGCUGAACGAGCCAGGCGGGGCUCUGCUGCGAAGCUGACAGUCAAUGAAAGCCCACAGAGGAGCUUGAAAGAGAAAAAAAGUCCUGAAAACGCGUGGCGCGCCGCUCGGGUCGGACGCAUCCACUUGUUGCCGCCGUUGCGCUCCGAGGCUCCCGCUGCUGCGCGUCCGAGCUCCAGGAAGCUCUUAAAAGCUGCCGCCAGGAUGAUGUCCUACAUAAAGCAACCCCAUUACACUAUGAACGGGUUAAGUUUGCCUGCGCCAGGAAUGGAUGUCCUGCACACCACCGUCGCGUAUCCACCCACUCCCAGGAAGCAGCGUAGAGAGCGCACCACCUUCACCCGGACGCAGCUGGACAUCCUGGAAGCUCUGUUCUCCAAGACCCGCUACCCGGACAUCUUCAUGAGGGAGGAGGUGGCCCUCAAGAUCAACUUGCCGGAGUCUCGUGUGCAGGUGUGGUUCAAGAACCGCCGUGCCAAAUGCCGUCAGCAGCAGCAGCAAAGCAGUGGCCAGUCCAAGCCCCGCCCCCCAAAGAAGAAGGCCUCCCCAGUGCAGGAGCCCAGCGCACCCGACCCCGUCCCCAACCCAUCCGGCUCCUACAGUCCCUCCUCCGCCCAGUCCGGGCCCAGCCUGGCCGCCAGCUCCAGCGCCGGGAACACGGCCGUAUCCAUCUGGAGCCCGGCCAUCUCCCCCCUGCCCGACCCCCUGGCCUCCUCGGCGCCCUGCAUGCAGCGGCCCUCGCCCUACCCCAUGAGCUACGGCCAGCCGGCGGCGUACACGCAGGGCUACGCCAGCACCACCUCUUACUUCACCGGCCUGGACUGCAGCGCCUACCUGUCGCCCAUGCAUUCGCAGCUCUCCGGCACCGGGGGCGCUCUCAGCCCCAUCACCGUACCCUCCAUGGGGGGCUCCCUGAGCCAGUCCCCAGCAUCACUGUCUUCACAGGGCUACAGCACUGCCUCCUCCCUGGGCUUCACCUCCGUUGACUGCUUGGACUACAAGGACCAGCAGGCCUGGAAACUGGGCUUCACGACUAUGGACUGCCUGGACCACAAGGACCAGAACUCCUGGAAAUUCCAGGUCCUCUAGACAGUCUAGCAGCUCUGCCAGAGGACGUCACCAGUUAUCUGUUUCUGUUUGUGAGAAUUAGUUAGUUUUUCUCUGUGUGACAGCAGCCUUCGUAGAAAUGCUUUUCUGUGGAGGAACUUCGGCGGCGAUCCGUCCUCCUUUGUAAAUGAGACGAUCAACGGAUGAUGAAUCUCCAGGAAGUUCACAGAUCCCAGCAAUCAUUUCAGUGUGGGCCCCAUAUGCUUUUCCUUUGGGUUGAAUUGGUGGGUUUGUCCAUGGUGGCCCCAUCUGUGAUUGGGACUCAGUGGUGUGGGUCCCUAUGCUAACCAGCCGCCCGGUGGAAAGCGUAGCGAGUUAGCGAGCUCCACUGCCCAGCGAGCCAACUACUGACUGCCCACCUAAACCAAUCACAGAUGGGGCCACCAUAGAACCCACGGACAAACCCACCAAUUCAACCCA